GGAAGUGGCCUUUUACUGAUUUUUUUUUUUAUUCUGAAGAUUUUGUGGCGUUAGACGGGUUAAUGGCCUCUUAUUGUUUUGAUCGCGCAUGUUCAAUUGCAUCGUUGCGUUUAUCUUUAUUGAACUGUGUGGAUUAUUAUCCGUCGCAGCCGGUCAGUCACGAUGACAGUCACUGUGUAACUAAUGAAUGAACCGAAAACAUCUGACCUAUUACACCCGAAACUGGCAUAUUCAACUGUAGCCACUGUUGCUGUAUGGAAAUCGGACCUACUUGAGCAAAGAUCCCGGAGCAAUCGAGGGUAAAUGGUUUAAUUUGGCGCUAUUUAGCAGAUCGCCACGCGAUACAACGCUUCGAAUGCAUGCGCUGCCAAGAGGACGAGCGACCUAAAAGUAACCUAAAAAAUAAAAAGCCUCUCCAUCGUCAUGGAUUAUGCGCACACGGCCAGAUCAGUGGAGGAGCGUCUCUCGAGCUACAGAAAAGACGAGUCCGGGUGGAAAACGUGCAAGAAAACUAACGACGUCGUGGUGCACUGGAGACCCUCUUGUGAAUUCCAGGGAUACGUGUAUAAAGGCGAGGGCAUCGUCAAUGGCAGUCCAGAGAAAGUGUGGGACUGCUUGAAACCUGAAAUCAACGGGCCGCGCGUGAAAUGGGACGCUAACAUAAAAAAGUUUGAGCUGCUUGAGCUGGUGUCUUCGGAUGUUUCGAUCUGUCGGACGGUCACGCCUUCGGCCGCCAUGGGCAUCAUAUCGCCUCGGGAUUUCGUCGAUGUCAUCUCCGUCAAACGCUUCGAGGACGGCACGGUUUCGUCAAACGCUACCAACGUGAGCCACCCGAACUGUCCUCCUCAACCCGGCUACGUCAGAGGCUUCAAUCAUCCGUGCGGAUGCUUCUGCGUUCCCGUUCCUGGGGAACCGGGCAAAACGCAGCUGUUCAGCUUUUUCCAGACCGACCUCGGAGGUUUGCUUCCCCGUUCGGUCGUCGACUCGUUUUUCCCCGCUAGCAUGGUGGAGUUUUACAGCAACCUGACCAAAGCCGUAAAAUCGUUGAAAUAGCACUUUAUAGAUAGCACUGUCCCCUCCCACUUUUAAUCUUACAUGUGAUUGGUUUAAGGAUUCGACGCGUUUAAUCAAGCCGUAGUGGAAAGUGAAUUUGCUUUUAGAUUCGUUCCUGAUUCUUCCGGUAGCUACACACGCGCACAGACCGUUUUAUACAGAGUCGUGUUAUUUCACAAAAACGAUGAACCGUUGCACAGAAGAAAAAUACGUUUAUGCAUUUGGCAGGGGUUUCUGCAGAAGUUAGACUUAAUUUAGUAAUUAAGUUUAUUCAAGUCAUUUAGUGUUGCAUGCACUGCAAUGUAAUGGUAUUUUUGACUCGAUAUUUCGGCGGAUCAAAUAUCUGAACUUCCUUAAUCAAGAUACAUUUACUUGAGAGGAAAAAAUGCACAAAAUUAAGAAUCUACGCUUGAAACGAAAACCUAUAUUUGCCAGUGGAGGCUCUUUUUUUUUGACAGAUAUUUGUUCUCAUUUUAUUCCGUAUUUUUUUUACGCUUAGAAGAGGAAGAAGAUCUGUUUUUUUUAACAAUUAUUUCCAUGUUCUUGGUUGGGAGCGGAGAUAUUAAAGCCAUAAGCAAUUUUUAGUAAAAUAUAUCGUAUUUGUGGGACGUUUGAAACUGUUGCCAAUACAACCCAUUGCCUGCUCUCGAGACACGCACGUUCAGAGAACAUAUUCACGUUUCGCGCGGUCUUCACUGUUUCGUACGUUUUCUUUACAAUCGCCCUCAAAGCGUCUUCAUGAAAACCUGCAGAAACCCUGUUUUAUCCAAAGGGACUGACUGAAGUGCACUCGAACGACGUUUUAUCUUUCGUGGGACCUGAACGCACGACGUAAGAGUUGCUGGCAAUCGCGCUCUUUCCAUCAUGUUUUUAAAACGUAACUCAGCAGUGUGAUUCCCAUGAUGUAGCACAACAGAUAUGGGUUAUUUCCAUUCAUAUAGGGCAUUGUAUAAAAUUUUUUACAGCUGUAUUUUAAAAGGUAGUGAGCUGCAUUUGCCGUCUGGAGCCGCGGGUCCCUACAUAGGCAGCGCAAAUAAUGCUCCUCAAAAAGGGAGGGACUCAACUCACGAUUGAUUUAAAGAGUUCUUCAUAAAACAAGUCACCAUUUUAAAUCUUAGAAGGCAACACGGAGUGCAUGUUUGAUGUCUGGCCUAAAUAGUUAGUUUUUUUUCAAUCGAGUUUUAUAUUAAUAAGCCGUUUUUAGAAUUUCGUUUACGUAUACGAAACUUUCCGUAAGCGUUUCUGCAUUUGAAUUAGCGACGUCUUUUAAAUGGCUUCGGCGAACCGGUGUUUACCGACAGAUACCUAUCUGCAGACCAGUUUGAAGAAGCGCAUUUGCUGCUGUUCUCGGUUAACACAACCGAGGUUACGUACUGUAUUUAUGAGGCCGACGGAAAAAGAGGCCAGUACGAUCGUGACCGAAUUGCGACGAGAGAUACGAGAUGUAAUGAUAAAAGAGCAUAAACCAGCAUAAAGCACGGGACGGCCAAUCAAAAGCAUCCUUAGUUGUUAAGACGAAUGGGAAGCUUAAUAGAACAGAGUGGAAACAUGAUUAAAGAAUCGUAGAAAUUCAGAUUUUGGCGGGAUUUGAGGGAGUGAAUUAAACAAAAAAAUUGAAAGAAAUCGCCUGAAACAUUUCAAAUCGAUAUUAGAUAUGGUAUAUUUUGCAUGCACGAAUUAAAAGGGAGCGCGCUUUUUUUUUUUUUAUUAUUUACAA